AUUAGUUUGGUACUGAAGAGAAAAAACAAAUAUAAAGGGGAGACGGUUGCCAAGUGGUCAGCGUGCGGGUGAUCACUUCUCAACGCAAAACUCUCCUAAUAAGGAAAAUCAAGUUGAGCUACCAUAGGCUAGCAUGAACCAAGCAAGAAUGGCGCCACUAUAAAAUACUUGCCUGCGCCACUACGCUUCCGUGGCAUAGUUAUUGGCUACGAUUCCGCGAGCCUGGGUUCGAAUCCUGGUCCGGGCUGGUGGCGUGCGGCUCACCCAGCUGUUCAUCCUCCCUUUUGGGUUGGUCGAUAUAAAUGAGUACAUGGGGAAACCUGGAGAGGGUAAACUGUGGAAAUCCCAGAUUUCACAUUGGCCCAUGUCCCAGGAUAAUGGGUUCUUAACAUAAGCCCAUAGGGCCAAUGGUUCAGAAAUGAGCACAGCAGCCACCUGCAGCUAUAGCGUAUGCACACACCUUUACCUAAUUUUAACGGACUGGACUGCGGCCGACCGCCACAAACACACACACAUACACACACUUGAUAGGUAGAUAACUAGAUAUAGAACAAAUAGAUAUAUGUAUUGACAUAUGAACAGAGUGUAGUGAUGGAUUUAUUCAGUUUGUUAUUUUAGUGAAAGGUUUAUAGGCUAAAAGGAGAAGACUAAUUGAUCAGUAGUUCUUAAGCCUUUUUGGUCACCAUUUUUGUUCAUUAAAAUAAUGGUGGAAUUUUUCCAGUCUCUAGGAAGUCUAUGUGUCUGCAAGUAUAUUUCAUGUAUCUGAGCUAGUGUUUUAGGCCAUCUCUUCCUGCUUUGCCUUUAAUCAUUUCUUUCAAAUCCUUUUUUACUUCCUAGUCAUACUGGGAACUUUCAAGUUCAGUGAAUCAUUCUCCUCACCACCGCACGUUUGAAUUUUUCCACAACCCUAACUUCUCCAUAUUAUUGUAUCUUUUAAAGCAAACAACUGAUAUCAGCCAAUGCUGCCUUCCCCUGGUUUCUUUCAUGCUUUUGACAUUCUUUAGUUUCCUCAGUCUUGUCAAUGGAUAUUACAAACUUGUUGAUAAUUUUUGUCAGUUCUUCCAACUAUCUUAUUCCUUCUAGUUCUUACUUUUAUAUCUUUGUGAUUUUUUUAUGAUAUGGUUUGUUUCCUUUGUUAGUUUACUGCCACUGAUCAUUGGUGCCUUUCCUCCUACUCCUGGUGCUGCUUCCAUUACCAUGUUAAAUUAUCAUAUCCUCCCUCUACAUCUACAACCUCAAGUAGAUUGCAGAAUUGGGUGUAAAUUUUUAAACUAUAUUCUUCCUUACUGUAAGAAUAUUUGUAGGUGUCUUAUAUACUAACUUUUCUGUCACUCCUUAAGUUUAAGCCUACAUUUUAGUAAUCGGUGGGCCUGAAACCUCAUCAACAGUAAACUAUUACAUCCUUCACUACAUCUGGGACAGUAUCUAUCUAAUAUGUAUAUCUAUGAGGUCACUCCAGUCUGCCACCUGGGGACACUUCAGCCAGCAGCAGUUACUGAUUAGAUAAGCCCGAACACAUGCUGUGUAAGUAUGUGAAAUGUCAGGAGCCACUUGAUGUCACGGAGUGCCCAGAGAACUCGGUCUACCUUGAUGGGGCUGGACAGUUUGGCUGCUGUGGUGCUUGUGUCAGUUUCAAAAAGAGCGGUGAGGCAAAUUGCACUGGCAGCAUAGAUCCAGCAUAUGGCGGUGACUACACAACCACAGACAGUGUCUCAGGGCCUGAUGGACUGCACAAUUCAAAAGAUUCCUUUGACCACAGCAAUUAUGUCUCCUCCUCCUGGUGUGAUUUUGGCCUCAAAUGCAACAGCACCCAAAUGUGUGAAGCUGGUGGGGAGGCUGAGGGAGGGUGUCUGUACAUUCGCCAGCAGUACUACACAUUCUUGAACACCAACUAUGUGUCUUAUCGUGAUGACUAUCGAUGGGCGCCAAACUGUACACCUCACGGGGGGUAUGCUGAGCUGCAACGCAAGGGGCCACUUGGGGAAGAAAUGCAUGUGUGUGUGGACUCUGCUGGCAACACAAUUUAUGGGAGGAUCUUCCAAUGGCAGGAGGAUCUCCUCAUCAAUAUGAACUGCAAGUGUUCACGGCGAGUGUGGGAGCAACUGCAGGCUGGCGAGCCCUCCGUCACCCUCCAUUGUAUGGAGAAUGGAAACUAUGAAGAACUUCAGUGUGAGGAUGGGUGGUGCUACUGUGUACACUCAGAAUCUGGCACUCCAUAUAGCACCAUUUUACCAGAGGAAGCCAUGCAGUUCCUGCCCUGCUAUAAUGAGACAUUAGUUGGGGAGCAGUACCUGAGGAGAUGUGAUAGCAUCUCUGAAGCCAGUGGUCAGUUGACGUAUCACAUGCUGUCAAAGGGUGUAUAUGGCCCAGCAGGCCUGUACAAGUGUGACCCUGAUGGAUCUUUCAGUGGGGAACAGUGUCUCCACGGAGAGUGCCAAUGUUAUGACAAAUACCUGUCCACAAUUCUGAAGGCUUCAUCGGGAGGCGGAUGUAACUGUGCACGAGACCAGUGGCUAUACAGCAAUGAAGGGAACUCUCAUGUCAAACUGUACUGCGCCUCACCAAGCAAUAAGUUUGAUGCUGGUGUGUACUACACCCUUCAGUACUAUGGUGAUAUUGGUGUGUACUGCGUCGAUCAAGAUGGUGUAAGGACGAGUCCAAUGGUAUACUCAGAGUAUGUUGAUCACUUGGACUGUGAGGAGGCAGCCAAGUGUCAAAAUGGAGAUAAUGAUGCAUGUGAGAAAGCAUGCUUAGACUGUGAACCAGACUUCUUUGUCAAAUAUUCAACACAAGAGUAAAAAGAAGUUGCAGCAUACACGCAAAUACAUAUUUGGCUGCACAUGAGGGUGGCCAGAAAAUUUUAUCUAAAAGCUGAAAGAAUGAAGCAAAGAAAAUGUGGACACUUCAGGAAUGAUCUCAAUGAAGUAGAAGACUGGCUGGGUCAGCUCUUGAAUCUUUUGCCAGUACAUAUAGUGCUCAGUAUAUGCAUGGGUAAGGUUCCUAAAAAUCUACCUAAAAAACAAAAAAACUCAGAGCACCCUACAUGAAUAAAUAUUGUGUAAAUA